AUGUCUUCCACAGGAAUCGUUUUUAUGAAAUUUAAUCGUUCCAACGUUCACAAGGGCAAUAAAAAUGAUAUACAAAUCAAUGCAGAUAAAUUCUAUAACACGAAUCUAUUUUCAGCUAACUCAUACGUGUAUCAACCAAUACCUCUUCUCCUAAAGGGAGAGAAAUUGAGAACCGUCCAUAAAAUUUAUAAUCCCGAAUUUGAUACCACGGUCGACCCUUAUUCCUACGAAAUUAAACGACCAAAAACACGCACCAACUCUUACAGCGAGGAUUCGAUUAUCAAGUGGCAUUUGGCCCAACAAUAUUGCUUUAAUUGUACGACGAUCCCGUUUGAUCAGACCUUUAGACUGAUCAGAUCGAUUUCCAGAGCCUUUAACUUCGUUCUAAUUCUGUAUUUAGGAUUAAUAUUAAACUGGACCCCUUUUUAUUCUACCAUGUUAAACUUUCAGACCCAAACCAUACCACCUAUGACCUCCUAUACCGCUAAAAGUUUAGAUUCGAACUACCCUCAUCUCAAGGUAAUCUCACAAUUCGGUCUACCAUAUCAAUCCAAUUUCAGGCAACGCUUAAUUAAUAUAUGUUUCUCAUUUUCGUGGACCAUUUCCGAUUAUGUUCGUAAGGGCGGGGGCGUAGAAUGCCGAAAUGUUUUGUCACGAAGUCCAAAAUCUGUAGAUAACUCGUUAAAUUCUAACCCGAACACUAAUUUUGUCUACAUGGCUCAUAAAAUAGUUAAGAAGAAACGUGUCAUAAACCAUGGAAAAAAUGAUGAAAGUAUAAAACUGGCUUCUAAAGCUUUGCUUACGCGUCUUGGAAUUCCGGCGGCUACCCAAUUGAAAAGCGAUUAUAUACGUAUUCCCGAAUUCAUGAUCCGUUUAUACGAAUCCCAACGGAAAAAAUAUUUACAAUUAUCUCAAAAUAUUCGCGAUACCAAAGAUAACAACCCUAUUAAUACGCAAAAUUAUUUAGAAAAAAGUACAAUUUCCACUCAUAAGAAUUUGAUGAAUCUACCAGAUUUAGAAGAUGCUUUGAAACUUCCCAUCUCAAAUCGUUUAAGCAAAAGUGCUACUUGGGCCAAUACAGCCAGGAGUUUUUACGAACAAACACACAAUGAGGAUACCAAUAUAAAUUCGUUGUUAUGGCAAAACGGAUUUUCGAACUACAGUCGCCAUCUCUAUUUUAACCUCACAGGUUCGUCUUCCAGUGAUCUAGUGGCAUCUGAACUUCGUUUUUAUCUCAGGAAUAUACUUUUCUCUAAUAAUCAAUCCUUAAUAUCGAAAUCUUGUUUAGCAAAUCCAAAAUAUUUACAAUAUCGUGUCGAUAUUCAUCAGAUUCUAGGAGAACAUGCUGAUUGGGGUUACGAUUUAUCGUUACGAUUAUACAACGAGACUGGUCUAUGGAAAUUCCAUUACCUCAACACUAGAUUAUUGGAUACCCUCCUUUUGAAUAUAGGCCUUCAUUCACGAUGGGAAGCGUUAGAUAUUCUUCCCGCAAUAUUGGAUUGGUCAUCGGAUCCUAAGAGUAAUCGGGGAUUAGUGAUUGAAAUCACGCCGAACAAUGAAACAUGUUUUACUACCUAUCAUUCACCUUUGUACAACCAGCCAUCCUACCAAAGCCAAACCCAGAGUUUAAAUGAUACAAAUGUGACAAACGAUUUUUCAAUCAUUUAUUCCUCGGACGAAUCUUUCCUUGUCACGUACAAUAAAGAAAUACCUCGUGAAUUUACCCCAAAACACAAUUUAGAUAGAGCCUCUAGGAUCAAAAGAAAUAUAGGCGAAAAUCCGGAUAUGGAAUCAUCAGAAACCGAUUACACCUUAAAUAAUAAUGAAAAUCACGAAAUCAAAAUUCAGGGUCAUAACAAAAACGUAAAAUAUUAUAACGAUAAUAAGAAUGCCAUGAGGAGAAGGAAGAGAAGAUGGUCCAAUUGUCGUAGGCAUCCUCUCUACGUGGAUUUUAGUGACGUGGGUUGGAAUGAUUGGAUAGUGGCUCCGCCAGGGUACCAGGCCUUCUAUUGCUCCGGGGAAUGCCCAUUUCCACUGGCAGACCAUAUGAAUUCCACCAACCACGCUAUCAUUCAAACCUUAGUUAAUUCCGUCAAUCGUAAGUUAGCGCCCACCGUGUGCUGCGUGCCUACUGAACACAGUCCUAUAUCUAUACUUUACUUAGAUGAAUACGAAAAAGUGGUUUUGAAGAACUACCAAGAUAUGGUCGUAGUUGGUUGCGGAUGUAGAUAA